AUGGACAGAGUCUUGGGAACCUACAUCUCCAGCCGUCUCUAUCGGAGACACAACGACCCUAAGGAUCCAGCAAAGUACCACCACAAUGAGAUCUACGGCUGGACCAAUCUCAACAAUCCCAAACGUAGAGAGGGCGACCCUUGCAAAGAAUGCAGGAAAUCUACACAGACGCCUUACAAGGAGACCAAGAAUACAGAGUUUGUCGGUAGCACAGAUCCGGCCAAAAGCCAAGGUCUUUCGCAUCAUUGGUGGCCAGGAGCUGUCCCCCGAGUGGCUACGCUCUACCAGGGUGAAAUGCUGUGA